AUGGGGGCACUGGAGCUGGCAGGCCGGGGUGGGAGGCCCCAGGGGAGGGGCUCCCUCCUGCUGGCUGUGGCAGGAGCUACUUCCCUGGUGACCUUGCUGUUGGCGGUGCCUAUCACUGUGCUGGCUGUGCUGGCCUUAGUGCCGCAGGAGCAGGGAGGACUGGUAACAGAGAACACUGACUCCGGGUCACAGGCCCAGCAAGGAUUGGGGUUUCAGGAGGUGCAGGAGGCAGAGCCAGAAACGGAUCUCAGCCCCAGGCUCCCGGCUGCCCACCUCAUAGGCGCUCGAACGAAGGCGCAGGGGCUAAGCUGGGAGGCGACGAAAGAAGAGGCGUUUCUCCGGAGCGGGACGCAGUUUUCGGACGCCGAGGGGCUGGCCCUCCCGCAGGACGGUCUCUAUUACCUCUACUGUCAAGUGGGCUACCGGGGCCGCACGCCCCCUGCCGGCAGGGGCCCCCCGGGCCGCUCGGUCACGCUGCGCAGCUCGCUGUACCGGGCGGGGGGCGCCUACGGGCCGGGCAGUCCCGAGCUGCUGCUCGAGGGCGCCGAGACCGUCACCCCGGCCCUGGACCCGGCCGGGGGACACGAUUACGGGCCCCUGUGGUACACGAGCGUGGGGUUCGGCGGCCUGGUGCAGCUCCGGAGGGGCGAGAGGGUGUACGUCAACAUCAGUCACCCCGAUAUGGUGGACUACAGGAGGGGGAAGACCUUCUUUGGGGCCGUGAUGGUGGGGUGA